AUGGCCGAAAAAUCCGGCCAAGACGUCGUCGCUCCGGCGCCUAGCCGUCCGUCCCACGACGAGAAUAACGGCCACGACCACGACCACGACCACGACCAUGGCCACGUCCCGAAGCUGUCCGCCGCCUUCGUUCAGGAUGCGAAAUCCGCUUCCGACAAGGAGCGAAAGAUGACCCUGCUUCAGGGUGUCCGCUUGUAUCCCAAGGCCAUUGGCUGGAGUAUGCUCAUCUCUACGUGUAUCGUCAUGGAAGGAUAUGACAUCUCCCUCGUCUCCAACUUCUUCGCCUUCCCCCAGUUCAACCAAAAGUUCGGCGACCUCCAGCCUAACGGCUCGUACGAAAUCUCCGCCGCCUGGCAGGCCGGUCUGACCAACGGCGUAGCUGUCGGUGAGAUCAUCGGCCUCUUCAUCAACGGCUACGUCUCCGAACGCUUCGGCUACCGCUGGACCGUCAUCACCGCUCUCGUCUGCCUCACCGGCUUCAUCGCCAUCUUUUUCACCGCCCAGAACGUCCAGACCUUGCUGGUCGCCGAAAUCCUCUGCGGUCUCCCCUGGGGCGUCUUCCAGACCCUCACCAUCACCUACGCCUCCGAGGUCUGCCCUAUUGCCCUCCGUGGCCACCUGACCACCUAUGUCAACUUUUGCUGGGGCCUGGGUCAGCUCAUCGGCGUCGGCGUCAUCUCAUCCAUGAUCGACAGACAGGAUGAAUGGUCGUUCCGCAUCCCCUACGCCCUGCAGUGGAUGUGGCCCGUACCUCUGAUCCUCGGCGUCUUCUUCGCCCCCGAGUCGCCCUGGUGGCUCGUCCGCAAGGGCAAGCUGGACGAGGCCAAAAAGUCGUUGCUGCGCCUGACCAGCAAGAACGACGAGACCGACUUUGACGCCGACGAGACGGUCGCCAUGAUGGUGCACACGGCCGCCCUGGAAGAGAAGAUCACUUCCGGCGUGUCCUACUGGGACUGCUUCCGCGGUAUCGACCUGCGCCGGACCGAGAUCGUCUGCUGCGUCUGGGCUACCCAGAACCUCAGCGGCAACUCCUUCUCCAACUAUUCCACGUACUUCCUGACGCAGGCCGGUCUCUCCACCGAGAAUGCGUACAGUUUCGCCAUGGGCCAGUAUGCCAUCAACAUGGUCGGCGUGUUUGGCGCGUGGGGCCUCAUGUCGUGGGGCAUCGGUCGUAGACGGUUGUAUAUUGGUGGCCUGAUGGGCCUCUUCUCCAUGCUCCUGAUCAUGGGCUUCCUCGGGCUCGUCCCCGCGUCGAACCGGGAUCAGGGCGCCAUGGCGACCGGCAGCAUCAUGAUCGCCUGGGCCCUCUUCUAUCAGCUCACAGUUGGAACCAUCACGUAUUCGCUAGUCGCCGAGCUGCCGUCUCGUAGGCUGCAGAUCAAGACAGUCGUACUCGGCCGAAACCUCUACAACGUCGUGGGCAUCGUCAACAACGUCAUCACCCCGUACAUGCUGAACCCCACAGCGUGGAAUUGGCAAAACUUUGCCGGCUUCUUCUGGGCCGGAUUGUGUUUCCUGUGUCUCGUGUAUGCUUUCUUCCGGCUGCCGGAACCUCGCGGGCGCACCUUCGCCGAGCUCGACGUUCUCUUCGAGCACAAGGUCAGCGCUCGGAAGUUCGACAAGACCAAGGUGGACGUGUUCCAGGAGGAUGUCGCGGGCGAGGGUCUAAUUAGCAACUUCCACGGGCGGAUAACGGGCCCCUCUGCGAAGACGACGACGACAACAACAACAACAACAACAACAACGGGCGCGUAAGUAUACUGAAGAGUGCCGAGGGAAACUUGUUGGACUGGUGCCGGGGUAAAUCUCCGCUGCCGCGUGGUGCGCAGAUGAUUUGGAACUUCCAGGGUCGUCCGUUACCCAGUACCUCGGGGCCAUAAUAUACCGCACGACCACCCUAUGAUCGUCGACAUCAGCGACGGAAAAGGGCUGCGAGUUGUAUCCGUCCUCAUCACGGCGAUCAUGGACCCAUGGUGGCACGCGCCAUGUCGCUUCCGCUUUGCGUGGCUGGCUACCGGGUUGGAAAGUUGGAUAAGAUGAUGGGGUUCAUGGAAGUGGUGUAUAUUAUAUAUGCGAUCGAUGAUAUUCGUACAUACCAUAAGGUAGUCGUAAUAUGCGUUGUGAUUUUGUAAUCUAGCAGCUUCCCUAAGGUACUUGAGUCAUAGUUUUUUGCGACUUGGCUGACCCUG